AUGAUCAUAGUAACUAUAGGAUUAAGUAUUACAUUACUACAACUUACGCAGCAGAACGGUGAUAUUUUAAUAUCAAUAAAAUACGUGUUAUACGUUCUUGGUCAACUGUUUCAUUUAUUCUGUCUGUGUUUCGAAGGACAGAAGCUAAUAGAGCACAGCAUUCAGACGUGCGAUAAGAUAUACAGCAGCACCUGGUACGAAGUAUCCAUGAGAUCGCAAAAGCUAAUCGUGAUGGUGAUGAUGAAGAGUGUACGACCGAGUUUCUUGAGCGCCGGCAAGAUCUACAUUUUCUCCCUGGAGAGCUUUACCACGGUUCUACAAACUUCGAUGUCAUACUUUACGGUGCUUGCAUCCAUUUAG